UCUGUCCGCGUCUUCAAGCACCGACAAGCAACCACCAGCGGCGGCGACCUUCUGUGCCACCGCGACAUCACCACCACCCCACCGCCUCUCCUUUCUUCUUCCUCCUUUCAUCAAUGCAGUUCUCAGAGGGCCAGUUGGGAGUCAAAUUUAAGCCAUUUUCAAAGUAUCCACCUUGUUACAAUGACAUCAGUUUCUGGAUCAACGAUUCAUUUACUGAAAACAAUCUGUGUGAACUUGUUAGAGGAAUUGCUGGGGAUCUUGUAGAAGAGGCAAUAUUCCUCAUAUUUGCAGCAAAACCUUUAUUGCACUUCAUGGGAGUAAAUUAUGACUCUCCCAUGCUCAAACCUGCACAGAACUACCUGACAUUGAGAUCUCUUGGCGCGCCGGCUGUUCUUCUCUCGUUAGCAAUGCAGGGAGUCUUCCAAGGAUUUAAAGACACUAAAACACCUCUAUAUGCCACUUUGGCAGGAGAUUUGACCAACAUAGCACUGGAUCCUUUGUUCAUGUUUGUAUUCCGCUUAGGUGUUAGUGCUGCAGCCAUUGCUCAUGUUGUAUCUCAGUACCUAAUUUCUGUAAUACUCCUGUGGAAAUUGAUGCAAAAAGUUGAUCUUAUGCCUCCCAGCAUCAAUUUUGAGUUAUUUAUCUUGUAUUGAGUCUUUAUGUUAUUUAUCUUGUAUUGAGUCUUUAUGUUAGAGGAUUAUUUAUUAUUUUGAUAAGUUUGUAAACUCAUUAUCUAAUAUUUAGUAUAAAUUUUAUUUUUAUAUUUAAAA